UUUCCCCUCCCCUUCUUACAGAUGACAGCCAAUGCUCUGUCACGUUUAUAAUACGUUACUUAGCAUUAGGUGCAUCCGGGUAAGUACUUUGAGGUCCGCUUGGGGUUUUGCUUAGAAGCUGUUGGCUGUCAGUCUUCAGGAUGUACGGAUCAUUUCGGAUGUUGCUGCAGGCGCUGUGGGCCCAGCUGCUCUGUGGGUGGGUGCUGGGCUCGGAGCUAACUUUUGAGCUGCCGGACAACGCCAAACAGUGUUUCUACGAGGACAUCAUCAUGGGCACAAAGUGUACACUGGAGUUUCAGGUGGUGACCGGUGGCCAUUAUGAUGUGGACUGUCGUUUGGAGGACCCAGAUGGCACUACACUCUACAAGGAGAUGAAGAAACAAUAUGACAGCUUUACGUUCACAGCACCUAAGAACGGCACCUACAAGUUCUGCUUCAGUAAUGAGUUCUCUACCUUCACAGCGCUCACCCAGAUGGAAUCAGCCUGCGUGUCCAUCCAUGAGGCCCUGAAGUCGGUCAUUGAUUACCAGACCCACUUCCGCCUUCGUGAGGCUCAGGGACGCAGUCGUGCAGAGGACCUCAACACCCGUGUUGCGUUCUGGUCCAUUGGGGAAGCCAUUAUCCUUCUGGUGGUCAGCAUCAGCCAGGUGGUCCUGCUGAGAAGCUUCUUCUCUGACAAGAAGACCACUACAACACGUAUCGGAUCAUAACAGUCUCUGAGCACUGUGACUUUCUUUAUCUGUACCUGGGCUCAUGUGCUUAGAGUGGGUUAGAACAGCAGUGCUGAUCUGAAAUUGGAUCAUAUCAAACUGCCAGGUUGUACAAUCUGACAUGUCAUUAAGAUUCAGCACUGCAGUUCUUACAAACUUUAUGCAAAUGAGUGUUGAGCAAAAAGAUUUUAUGUGUUUAAGGGGUAAAAGAAACAACCUGAAGAAAUGCUGGUUGUCUUGCUUGUAAGAAUCCAUGUUAGAGGCAGUUCAAGAUGGUCAUCUAGUUAAAGCAAACCUGAAGUACUAAGUAUUUGAAAUAAUUUCUAAAUUUGUUCAUAUGUUUGUUUUCUUUUCUGCUGCUGUCAUCUCAUAGUCUCUCUGUUUGAUUUGUUCCCCCCCCUCCCCAGGCCAAAUUUGCACUGAAUAUAAGCAAGGUAGUUGAAGCUGUAAUUAAAUGUAUUCAUAACGUAGGGGUGCUUCAGGUUACUUUCUGCAGAGCAUUUUGGUCUCUUAAAACAGCAAAACUGGCAAGGCAAAGGGUGUUUCCCCACAAAUAUUGCAUUUGGAAAGAAUCGGUUACAUUUUUCUUUGUUGUUAUUAAACCUCACUAUUUUGAGUGGGAAAGACUAGA